GAAGAACAAGAAGAAGAAGAAGAAGAACAAGAAGAAGAAGAAGGGAGUGACUCACACAGACACAAUGGAGUUACAGUGACAGUAUGAAUAGCAGGUGUCUUUCUUUACUCCUCACACAGAGCGUUAUUUAGUGUCUCAGACUCGGGCAGUGCUAUGUUCACAUGCUGCUGUCUUCGGGCUGCUAGCAGCUAGCUGCAUUACGCUAACGUAUCAGCUCUGAGAGAUAGCCGACAGCCCCGGUAGGUUAGCGUUAGCUGAGCACCUGCUUCAGUUCUGCUUUAUACUAACGUUAUAGCUGACCAGCUACUCUGUCCCGAGAGACAUGAUGGAGUUUCCUUUCGAUAUUAAUCAGUUAUUCCCCGAGAGGGUCUCCAUCUUGGACCAGACCCUUAUUGCAGGUCGUAAAUCAGCAGGGAGGCCAGAUCUCCAAGCCCACAUAGCCACAGUUAUUGAUGAACUUGGGAAAGCCUCAGCAAAGGCCCAGCAGCUCACAGCAUCUAUAACAAGUGCUUCCAAGCUGCAGUCCCAGAAGCACCAGCUGUACCUGCUGAAGGAUGGAGAGAGCAACGGAGGACGCGGUGUGAUCGUGGGAUUCCUCAAGGUUGGCUACAAGAAGUUAUUUCUGCUCGACCAGCAGGGUGUGCACAUAGAGGCAGAGCCACUGUGUGUUCUGGAUUUCUACAUAGCAGAGAACCUGCAGCGACAUGGCUAUGGGCUGGAGCUGUUUAAUUUCAUGUUGCAGCACAAGAAUCUAGAGCCGGUUCAGAUGGCAUACGACAGGCCCUCGCCCAAAUUCCUGUCCUUCCUGGCAAAGCAUUACUGCCUGACGCCAAGUGUUCCUCAGGUCAAUAACUUUGUGGUGUUUGAGGGCUUCUUCGUCAACAGAUCAGGCUCGCCCUCCUCUCCUCUGACGGAUCAGGGGAUGUACGGCUUUUUCGGCCCAGCUGAGAAAGGUUCCCCUCAAAAAGCCAGACGGAGAGAUCAAACCCUACUCUCUAAUGGAGAGAGAAGUGGUACGUCAGGAGCAGCGGGCUCGUCCGUGGCCCUUUGCUCCUCCUCACUCCCCCCAGCGGUCGGUAUCCUCCCAGUGCUCCCACUCCCUCAGCGUGGGAUCCUCCCCCAGCAGAGCGCCACUGCGAGCCGCCCCGGCUUCUGCCCAUGGGGGCCACAGGGACCAAAGCCCACAGUCCCCUCUGAUCGAGCGCUGCAGGGCAAGACGCACCAGCCAACAGGCUCUAGUUGCCAAAUGCAACCUGUACAGUCGGCACAUGGACAGCAGAGCUGUUGGAUUGCUGGACAGACCCUUGCCAGCUGGGCAAUGCUGAGCUGUGGGCUGCGCGCCCCGUCUGUUUCUGCAAACCAGGAGUGCACUGACCGCCAACUACUGUCCCAGCCUCUGUCCCUUCCUCCUCUGUUUGUAUAUAAAAAGGAUGGCAUCUGCAGCCAGACCCCCUUAGACAGCAGAGAGGCACAGCUGGAUUCACAUGCUGAAGCCUGUGAAGCUCAAGAGGAGAUCAGGCUAUUGGAGAGUCCACAGUGUCCAGGACAAGGCGUACUGGUCAGCCAGGACUGGUCUUGGACUGUAGGAGAGAACUGCUACAGCGCCCAGUGGGUGAAGCAGAAGCAGGAACACAGGAGCACCCGGCCCUGGUGACCACAAGCUGCUUCUUAUCAAUACCAAGACAUUAUUUCAAUGUUGUUAUAAAAACUAGAUUCUGUAUUGAAUUCUAGAACUAUUUGAUGUUUUCAGAGCACAGAUGAAGAAGAAAUUCAGCAUGACAUUGGGAUGUGUUCUGUAGCAUUUAUGCAAUGAGCUGAGAGCUCUAACUCUGAAAUGUCAGCUCAGGGUCCAAACUUUGUUCUGGAAAAACACUCUCCCAGUCUCUGCUUUCAAAGCUCUAUUAUAAUUUUGUCUUAGUUGGUCUCCAGGACGAGUCAUUCACAGGCACAAUUAGUCAGGUUUUCAUAAAAAAUGAUGUAUAUAUACUCAUACAAAAGUAAUCCCUCUCAAUCAUCACUUCUGGUCCACUGGCUGUGUGAUGUGAGCUCCUGACUUAGCAUGAAAUUUUUUGAAGUUUAGCACGGAGUCUUUCCCGGGACACCCCCGUUUUCCCCUGCCCUCUCCCGGUGUCCUCCCGGCGUUCCCAUCUCGCCUGUAUUUUUCCAGAUUUGGAGCCCCCGACCACGCGCGUAAUCUCCACGGAGACCGGGGGUCAAAUCCACCAAAAUAUAUGAAGAGGUACAUUUGACGGAACAUCCUGCAGCAGCUGGUUAGUAUACUGAAAAUGCAUAAAAUAGUUACUGUUUUAAUUUUUUUGAAAUGUGCCUGAAUACAGACUGUCUGCCAGGUGUGUGCGCGCAUUUGGAUACUAGAGAGCGCCACACAUUCCUGUCUGAACCAAAGUAACUGAGCCCAAGUGAUUAAUAUUUUCAAAGACUGACAAAAAGUGUACCUGUUUAAAACAGACAUUACACCUGGCUGAUCACACAGCUGAUCGAUAGAUCCAUCAGAGCAGACUGAGAGCAGCGCAGUGGCAGACCUCUCAUCCAGCUGCUCUCUGCUGCUCUCCUUGUUAACAGGGGUGGAUUUUGUGAUUUGGGGGCCCAGUGCCACAGCCCAACUGUCUUGCUUUGAUUUAACCCAUUCUCUAAGUUGGAGUGAUGGUGGGCUGUUGGCAGCUGUAGAAGAAGUUAUGCUGUUCUCUAAACACUCAAUGUAACUAAUAUAGACGAGUGCAGGUGAUGUAGAAACACUGCAAGCUGUUACUGAUACAGCUGAGCUGCAUAUUGCCAAAGACAUACAGUUGAAGUUAUGUAAAUAUGUUUUGUGAAAUUAGUGCAGCCUUCAGUGUUAAGACAAGUUUGCAGCUUGCACUUCAUCUCCAAAAGGGAAAUUCAGUUUGCCUUUUAAUUUUUACUGCUAAAAUCAAAAGCAAAACUUGUUUUGAGUAAUUUCUUUGUCG